CAAACUGGUCUGCAUGAUAGCUUCUGCGAACUCCCGUUACUACAGACGAAAGAGAAUGUUGUGAUUGGAUCGAAACAAUUUUUUAUUUUUAUUUUCUAUAUUACUGAAAAAAGUUUUGUAGAAAGUAAUAUGCACGAAGUAAGAGAUGUGUUAAAUCAGUAAAUCGACUAUUCGAAAUUAUGAAAUUCAGGGUUGGUUUCGUUUUCGCAAUAAGCUUUCUUUUUUUAAUAAUAAAGGCAUCAGAAAGUCGCAGUUUCAGUAUUGAUUACAAGAACAACUGUUUCCUGAAGGAUGGCGCUCCAUUCCAGUACAUCUCGGGAAGUAUCCACUACUCUCGCAUCCCGUGGUUCUACUGGAAAGACAGGCUUCUGAAAAUGUACAUGACUGGGCUCAAUACGAUUCAGACCUAUGUGCCCUGGAAUUACCACGAGUCUGUGCAGGGGACCUAUGACUUCAAUGGUGACCGGGAUUUGGAGCAUUUCCUGCACCUUGCGAACCAAACAGGCCUGCUGGUGAUCCUGCGGCCAGGCCCAUACAUCUGUGCAGAAUGGGAGAUGGGUGGCCUUCCUGCCUGGCUGCUCCAUAAACCCAACAUUAUCUUGCGCUCCGCAGACCCAGAUUACCUGCAGGCGGUAGACAGCUGGUUAGCAGUUCUUCUGCCUAAAAUAAAGCCCUGGCUUUACAGCAAUGGAGGAAACAUCAUCAGUGUCCAGGUGGAGAACGAAUAUGGAAGCUACUUCGCCUGCGAUUACAACUAUCUUCGUCACCUGAAAACGAUAUUCCAGUUCUUUCUGGAGGAAGACACUGUCCUUUUCACCACAGAUGGCAACACCAACUUGGAGCUGACUUGUGGGACCCUGGAAGGCCUUUAUGCUACUAUCGAUUUUGGGACAGACACCAACAUUACCACAGCUUUCAAAAGACAAAGAAGAUUUGAACCAAAGGGUCCUCUGGUCAACUCGGAGUUCUAUACAGGCUGGCUAGAUCACUGGGGGGACAGUCACGCCCAGGUGGACACACAGAAAGUCAGCCAGAUGCUGGGGGACAUGCUGGCCUUGGGAGCCAGUGUUAACAUGUAUAUGUUUGAGGGAGGAACAAACUUUGGUUACUGGAAUGGUGCUGAUCAUGACAGCAGAUUCAAGCCCGUGGUGACCAGCUAUGACUAUGAUGCCCCGCUCUCUGAGGCUGGAGACCCAACUGACAAACUGCUGGCUAUUAGGGAUGUGAUCAGUAGGUUCCGUGAGGUACCUGAGGGACCCAUGCCUCCUGCCACACCAAAGUAUGCCUAUGGAUAUAUAACACUGAAAAAGGUUGGCAACAUCACAGGACUGCUGGAUACGCUGUGCCCACAGGGUCCCCUCCAGUCUCUGUACCCUUUGACCUUUGAGGCAAUGAAACAGUAUUAUGGCUACAUGCUUUACCAGACUAAGCUGCCCAGGACACUAGAACAAGCCACGCCACUGAUCUCACCUCUGAAUGGUGUUCACGACCGUGGAUAUGUGCUGGUCAAUGGGAUGUUCCAGGGUGUGCUGGAAAGAGACACCACUCUGGUGUUAAAUGUGACUGGAAAAGAAGGAGAUCAGUUAGACAUCCUGGUUGAGAACAUGGGGAGGGUUAACUUCGGGAGUCACAUUAACGACUUCAAGGGCCUUGUGAGCAACCUCUAUCUGGGAAGAGACGUUCUGUCUAACUGGUUGAUCUACUCUCUUGACAUUGACGGGGCUAUAGCCUAUGGUUGGCCACACUCCAAGCUGAAACACUCCAGGCACAAAGGCAGCAGGGAAGAUUCCAAAGGACCCACCUUUUACAUGGGCAUCCUGGAGCCAACAGGCUUGGCCUGGGACACCUUUCUGAGGCUCAGAGGGUGGACUAAGGGACAGGUGUGGAUUAAUGGAGUAAACCUGGGUCGAUAUUGGCCCCAGAGAGGCCCUCAGCAAACUUUGUAUGUUCCUGGACCACUUCUCAGUACCUCCCAGCCCAAUAACAUUACCAUUCUGGAGCUGGAGCAGGCUCCUUCAGACACUCGAGUGCUUUUCAUGGACAGGGCUCAGCUCAACAGAACUGUGGGGAGAUUGUGACACUGUUGCCAUGCAAAUCAGACCAAGGAAAGCAAGAUCACCACACAAGGUCCGUCUAUCAGUGCCCUCAGGUUUCAUUCCAUACUACUGUCCGAUGAUGUCCACAGUUCUCUGUCUGUCUCAGUGUCCAGGAAAAGCCACUUUUGUUUACAUAUCAGGUGUACACACUUCUUAUCUAAAGCUAUGCAGUUCAAUCAUGGUGUAGUAUGCUUUGGCAAUCUGUUUCUGGUUUCUUUCACAGUCUAAAAUAUCACAGCUUAGUCUUCAUAUUCACAGUUAGAGUGUUGAGCUGCACCUCAACAGGCCACCUUAGACACUUAAAAAAUUACUAUCUGUCUUGACUCCGGUUUUUGUGGAAUGCUUUUCGAGAAUGUUGUUGCUUAUAUAGACUGACUUCAGACAUACACAUACAUCAGCUCAUUAGCGUGCAUUUUCAGAGUUGCAUUUCAACAGAUAUGUUCCAAGCAUUAUAGCCAUUUAAAAAUUGAAUUUUUGUUGGAAUUAUUUGUAGAAAAAUGUGCCUUUAAACCUUGCCUGCCUCAACUGCUAAUUCACAUCUUGUAUGUUUUGAGAGUAUUAUUUCGUGCUGCGUGAUUAUUUGCAUUAAAAUGCUAGGUUUAUUUUAACAAUCUGGUAGCAUUUAAAAGAAUGCUGUAAAUCAUGUUAAUUUUUUUAUUGGCUUAUAAAACAAAUCUGUAGUUAGUGUAACAGAGGUCAAUCAGACUUUCUCUGUACACCUAAAGCAUAAAGUACUGUAUAUGAACCCUAAAAAAAUUCUAUAUGACUUUGAAAUGUGCGAUCACUAAAAUGAAUCAUGAAUUGCCUAGUGUUACCAUAAUACUUUACAAGGAGGAAGUUGUUAUUGUGGACAAUAUGUGAGGAAGGUAACUGAUAAAUAAAAUAGUUGCAAUUUAAUGCUGUA